AUGGUGGCGGUGAAAUGCGUGAGGUCGUGCAGCGAGAGGAGGCUGUCGAUGAAGGAGGUGGCGAGGUGUUUGGGUGAGCUGCUGAAUUCGUGGAAUGGAUUAUCGAAUCCUUGCAUCAUGGGGGAGGAUGUUGACAUCGUUGAAACACCAUCGAAGAAUCAACAACUAGAAGUGAAUGAUCCAGUGGCAAUGAAGCAAUUGAGCAAGGCUGGGGAGAUGCCUUCUUUGGAGCCUCCCGAUGAUGAGAGCAUUAGAACCCUCUAUGUGGGAGGGCUUGAUGCUAGGAUUACCGAGCAGGAUCUAAGGAACAACUUCUAUGCACAUGGAGAAAUUGUAGUGAAUGAUCCAGUGGCAAUGAAGCAAUUGAGCAAGGCUGGGGAGAUGCCUUCUUUGGAGCCUCCCGAUGAUGAGAGCAUUAGAACCCUCUAUGUGGGAGGGCUUGAUGCUAGGAUUACCGAGCAGGAUCUAAGGAACAACUUCUAUGCACAUGGAGAAAUUGUAGUGAAUGAUCCAGUGGCAAUGAAGCAAUUGAGCAAGGCUGGGGAGAUGCCUUCUUUGGAGCCUCCCGAUGAUGAGAGCAUUAGAACCCUCUAUGUGGGAAGGCUUGAUGCUAGGAUUACCGAGCAGGAUCUAAGGAACAACUUCUAUGCACAUGGAGAAAUUGUGUCUGUCUAG